UUAACACAUUCCAGGAAAGCCUGGUUUGGGGUUGGGAUUUUAUUUUUAAUCCUGUCAUAGUGAGAUAAAAUAGGCAACUCAAGCAUUUUUUCUGCAUUAUAACAAAUCCAUCCAAGCUGACACGGGGCAGAUCAGCCUCUGUAAGACAAUCACGUCGGACUCCAGGGGACUUGGUGUCCUCUCUCCUUGCCUCCCUGCUGCUGCUUGAGAGAGGCAUGUUCUCUCCGUCCCCCCCGCCCGCCGGGCUGUUGGAGAAGGCCUUCCGGUACAUCGAUCUCCAUCAGAAUGAGUUUGUACAGACGCUGAAGGAGUGGGUGGCUGUGGAGAGCGACUCGGUUCAGCCCCAGCCCCGCCUCAGACGGGAACUCUUCAGAAUGAUGACGCUGGCUGCGGACAGGCUCCGGCGCCUGGGAGCCAGCGUGGACUCCGUGGACCCGGGUGUUCAGCAGCUGCCUAAUGGUCAGAGUCUCCCGAUACCUCCCAUCAUCCUGGCUGAACUGGGGAAUGAUCCAAAGAAACCCACUGUGUGCUUCUAUGGCCACUUGGAUGUGCAGCCUGCUAGACAGGAAGAUGGGUGGCUCACAGACCCUUACACACUGACGGAAGUGGAUGGAAAACUUUACGGACGGGGAGCAACAGACAAUAAAGGCCCUGUUUUGGCAUGGAUUAAUGCCGUGAGCACCUUCAGAUCCCUGGAGGAAGAUCUCCCUGUGAAUAUCAAAUUCGUCAUUGAAGGGAUGGAAGAAGCCGGUUCCGUUGGCCUGGAGGAACUGGUCAGAAAGGAGAAGGACCAGUUCUUUUCCAGUGUAGACUACAUCGUUAUUUCAGAUAAUCUGUGGCUCAGCCAGAGGAAGCCAGCCCUCACUUAUGGCACGCGAGGAAACAGCUACUUCAGGGUGGAGGUGAGAUGCAGAGAUCAAGAUUUUCAUUCAGGAACCUUUGGGGGUAUCCUCAGUGAACCCAUGGCUGAUUUGGUUGCUCUUCUUGGUAGCCUUAUAGACUCCUCUGGUCAUAUUCUGAUCCCUGGAAUCUAUGACCAAGUGGCCCCUCUUACUGAAGAGGAGAGAAAGAUGUAUGAAGCCAUCGAUCUGGACCUAGAAGAAUACCGGAAGAGCGUCCAGGUUAAGAGAUUUCUGUUUGACACCAAGGAGGAGAUUCUAAUGCACCUAUGGAGGUACCCAUCUCUUUCAAUUCAUGGGAUUGAGGGCGCAUUUGAUGAGCCUGGAGCUAAAACAGUCAUCCCUGGCCAAGUUAUAGGAAAAUUUUCAAUCCGUCUCGUCCCUCACAUGAAUACAUCUGUGGUGGAAAAACAGGUGAAGCAGCAUCUUGAAUAUAUAUUCUCCAAAAGAAAUAGUUCCAACCAGAUGGCUGUUUCUAUGACGCUAGGACUACAGCCAUGGAUCGCAAAUAUUAAAGAUAAACAGUAUCUGGCAGCAAAAAGAGCCAUCAAAACAGUGUUUGGAACAGAGCCAGACAUGAUCCGGGAUGGAUCAACCAUACCAAUUGCCAGAAUAUUCCAGGAUACCAUCCAAAAGAGUGUGAUGAUGCUCCCGCUGGGCACUGUUGAUGAUGGGGAGCACUCUCAGAAUGAGAAAAUCAACAGGUGGAACUACAUAGAGGGAUCCAAAUUAUUUGCUGCCUUUUUCCUAGAGAUGGCUAAGCUGCAUUACUAGUGACAGGAGCCUUCCAGCUUAGAUCUGACCUACCGACAGAUACCCUCUCCCACACACCUGCGCAGGAGCACAAUCUAAAGAUCCAGAGCAUUUCAGUCCAGGAAAUAAUGUUUUUCCUUCCCAUUUAAAAUGUCUUAGGACAUUUGGACCAGUAAUAAAAUAUUUUAAAGUCACAGACAUUGGAAAUGGCAUACUGUCCCCAUGGCACACCUUUCCAAAGUCAUCACUACCAGCAACAUCUCCCCAGGUCAGCUGCAGGAGCCCUGGGGCUGGACUCUUUCCUUGGAGCACCAGGACGGUUCUUCCAUUAGACUCUCCCUGGCAGUUCGAUGGGUCUGAUCCCUGCAGUGUGCUUUUAGGUUCUGAGGUGCUCCUGACGCAUCAUUAUUCCAUACACUGUGCAGAUCACCCUUGCUCUUACCACACAUUCCUCUUACUAGUAAAACUGUUGGUCUCACUGGCUACCAUGAUUUCCCUGGGGGUUCAUUUGUAGAGGAGUAACUAAAGCAUGAUGCUGUAUUAACCUCUUGCUUCCCCUUCAUUUAUUUUGCCUGCUUCUUCGAAAGUUCUGAAACAGAAAUGAGCAAUAGUCAUAUCCUUAUGCCAUUUGGGAUUCCCUGUGUGAAGAUGAGUACUUUUUCUAUUCCAAGGCUCUUUACCUUUCUUGGAUUGAUGCCAACCGACCACCCCUCCUGCACCCUAUUCUUUCUACUCCAUCGCUGAAGGCCCCCCCACCAACAUCUGCGCAUGUAAAGUCACCACCACGGAAUCAAUUCUGAUAGAAUUUCUCUCACCCUGUUGGAAUUUUACUCAGUACAUCUAAAUUUCUAAAUUGCUUAAAGCUUUUAAUAGCAUCAGUUUUAGAUAGAGAACGAAUCUAAUCAGCCCUGACAUCAGUAACACAUUCUAAAUUUAAAGCCAUCAGCUAAUGCUGCAUUCAAUUCAGUAAUCAUUUUAGUUAACCAUCUUGUUUGGCUUGAUUACAUUUGAUGGUGUAAACAAACAAACAAAAAGAAUAUAAUUUUUCUACAGUUGACUGUAUGUAAAUAAAUCAAUUCAAUCUUUAUAAAUUCAUUGCUUGGAUCACAUUAAUGGAGAAGAAUUUAAGAGUUUAUUAAAAAUGUUUCUCUUAUGAUUCCAAAUAAAAUCAAAGCGUAACACAUUUAAUCUCUUUGUGGGUUCUUGAAAUGUCAGUUUUAAAAUUUGCAACACCACAUCCGAAAGGGCUGCACUAUAGGGCCAGUGAUUCAGCUUACCCUGAGUCUCGUCACAGAAAUGGGACUCAAGGGGCGCCUGGGUGGCUCAGUCAGUCAGUUAAGCGGCUGCUUUCGGCUCAGGUCAUGAUCCUGCUCAGUGGGGAGUCUGCUUCUCCCUCUGCUCUUCACCCCACUCUCGUCCUCUCACUCUCUCUCAAAUAAAUAAAUAAAAUCUUUUUUAAAAAAAGGGACUCAAAUGAGGUAUGAGUCUUGUGGGGGUAUCCAUGAAUGAUCUACUUUUUCUGUGAUGCACGAGAACGUCAAUUCCUGUUUAUUGAGUAUUGACAGGUGUUGGAUAUUCUGUAUUACUAAGCUUGGUUCAUGCUUGCCAUGUUACGUUGAACUGUGACGUUUUGGAUUUCGUAGGACCUACCUGAUGUAUUUGGCAGAGUUCCCAAGAACUAAUUGCAAGAGGUUUAUGAUGCCAAUUUAUAUUCUUAAAAGGGUGUUCAUAUUAGUGAAUUAACAAAAGCUGUUCGUAAAAUAUACUGUAAGCACUUCUGAGCAAUGAAACAUCACUCAGUGUAUUGGCCUGGAAGCCUGUGUGAGUGUAGUGUGGCACGGUGCGAGAGCCUCUCUGGUGACACACGUUCUCUGCACUUGCAGCCGGAGGAGGACGGUGGGCCAAGGGCACGCAGAGGACUUGGUGUGGGCCUCUUCUUCCCCCACAUGCUCACUCCACAUCCCUUUCUCAGCCUUUGUGUUAGCCAGAUGCCUGGGACUCCUGGCACACCCCAUCCAGCCCCCCUUUUUAAGAACCGGACCCCUGCUCCUCCUUCAUGUUUCCUAUCUGAAACUUGACUCAUCUAAAAUGGAAACAAGUCUUUUUUUUUAAUAAA